AUAAUAUGAAAUUUAUAUAUGAUUUAUUCACGUUUCAUUAUUUUAUAAAUUGAAGUUAGAACUGACGUUAAUGUACAGAGUACUCCGUAUUCCAAGACUAAAUUCCUUAAUUAAACCUUGCAUUCCUUCAUCCUUUAGAAAUAACUAUCCAUUGCAUAUUUCAUUCAGAUCAUCGAUGUCUACCAAUACUGAAUCGGCUCCAAAAAGAGUAAAACUUAACCCAAGUGAAGAAGAAUCUACUACUUUGCUCACUACACCUGUUGUGGAGCCUGUUGAAACGACUGGAGCUGGAGGUCAACUAGUGGACACCAAAGAAGUCUCAAAGGAUGAAUCACAAGAAAAGAAACAAUCAUCUGUGUGGAAACCGCUCGUUUGGGUUGAUUGCGAAAUGACCGGAUUAAAUGUGUACGAGGACAAUAUCAUAGAGAUAUGUUGUCUUAUCACAGAUGGUCAUCUCAACUUGAUCGAUGAAGUAGGUUACGAAUCGACCAUAUAUGUCCCAAAAGAAAAACUCGAUGCCAUGGAUCAGUGGUGUCUCGAUCACCAUGGAGCCUCUGGAUUGAUUGAGAAAGUAUUGACUCAUAAGGAAAAGACUAUAGAAGUGGUUCAAGACGAACUUAUGGAAUACUUGAAGAAACAUAUCGAUCCAAAUAAGGGUUUACUCUCUGGAAAUUCCAUCCAUAUGGAUAAAUUUUUCAUGUAUAGAGAAAUGCCUAAAGUCAUUGACUAUUUACAUUACAGAAUUGUUGAUGUGUCAUCUCUUAUGGAAAUCGGGUUUAGACAUAAUCCUGCUCUUAUGAAAAAGUUCCCUAAGAAGAAGGGUGCUCACACCGCAAGAUCUGACAUUAUGGAAAGUAUUGCACAAUUAAGAUGGUACACUGAGAACUACCUCGUCACUCCAACUGCCGAUGAAGUAGAUAUCUCUGCAAAGAAUGAAGAUACAAAGAGUAAUAUUGAACAGGAGACUACCACAACGGAAAUUCCUGUUGAAGAAAAAACUUUAUAAGUAGAAAUGCAUUUACAUAUAUAGACUAUAAAGAUUUAAAUCCUUUAGCAUCUAUUAUAUAAUCAACACUAGAUAAAAUCUAA